GAGUAAAACAAUCUUAUAUUUUGGGUUCUGAUGGGGUACUACAGUCGAACUAAGCUCAUGCAGCGUUAAUAAAUUGCAUUCUCCAAGAAUCAGUGGCUACAUAUCAUUAAGUUAUACGUUCAAAAAUGAAUGAAGCAACUGCAGAUUUUACUUUCUCUUACAUCCUCAAGAUGGCAUCAAAGAUUAGGCCUAUUUUCUGCAUUGGGUAAUCCUAUUGUGCUCUUGCAUGUUCAAUUCAAAUCCAUGAAUGAGUAUUGUCUUAAAAGGGACUUCCCUCACUGUCUGAAAUGAUAAUAUUGUAUUUAUUUAUUUAACCUUUAUUUAACUAGGUCAGUUAAGAACUUAUUCUUAUAUACAAUGACGGCCUACCAAAAGGCAAAAGGCCUACUGCGGGUGUAACGUUGGACGUAGAUUGCUGGAUACAUGUAUACCUAUAGAAUGCUAUCUUUUUGUUUAAAAUGUAUAGAUAAGCUGUGUUAAAAAAACAGAUUUAUGAACCAGUAUUGCCUUCUGAAUGAAAGCGGUCAGGAAAACCAAACUGAGGCAUCAUACGUCAUACAUCAUCACACAGUUUGGAAAGAUGGCCAGUGCCCUGGGGGACAUUUCAGGAUGUGAUUAAUCUAGACAUGGGGAUGGAAUGUAAAAGAAGACUGAAGUGUUAUUAAGUUAUCCAGACAGCUAUGAUGAUGGCUUUCAUUAUACAGCAUGUUUCCAGAAGAGCUUGCAAAGUGAAACUACUUGCAGUCAGCUACUGUUGUUAGUAAUGAGCCAUGGAGCCUUUUUAUUUGUCAUGUUCAAGUACUAUACUUUUGGUUACGGCAGUGCCAAGAACAGUGCUUUGCCCCAAGAUGUUCACAGAUUUUGAGGGUCUGUUUGGAGUGUGGGUUAUGUUGUUUCCAUGGAAACUGCAUAUUAAUGCAAAAGUUGGGGGACCAAAUAUAGAAUUUGAUGGGAGAUUUUACCCCUCAGCGAGAAUAGAUUUGUUUUUGACUGUUCAUGUGGCUAAAUGAAAUGUCUUCUUACUCUAGCAAUUUCAGAUUCAGAGAGAUGUUUAAUUCAGAGAGGUAUCCUUUGCUUAACCAUGAGGAAUUAACAGCAAUAUUGUGGUGGUGCACAUUCUCCUGGUUGAACAGCAUAAUGGGGAUAGUGUGUUGAGAGAAGGGGAAUGAGAUCAGCCUAUUUUUUAAAACUUUCUGUUGGUGUGUAAAAAAAAAGGUUAUUCUGGGGAGUAGGAUUUUUACCUCUGACGUCAUUCAGAUGCCAGACAUGGAUGGAUCUGAGGGCAACAGGAAAGUGGUAGUGAGGAAGAGAAGGAAGGAAGAGAAAGGAACGUAGAGCUAAAGAGCACAAAGAGACAGAGAAGGGAAGCAUCAAUGAAACAUACAUAUUCUGUCCUAACCAGCUAGCAGCCAGCCAGCCUCUACCCUCCCACUCCUUUCUCUCCCUUUGUCUUUUCUCAUCCCUCCUCUCACUGAAUAUAUGCAAGUAGACAAGGCGGACUUCCUCUCUCUCAUGCUGUUCUCUUCUGCAGACAGGAACAUUAUCCCUCUGUCUCUGGAUGAGGGAACUGCAUACUGAAAGUGCUUGCAACCAACUGCUGGGACCCGAAUGAAGUGCAGCCUGUCUCCUGAAAAAUCGUCCUAUUUUUGUGGGACAUUUGCUGCAGACUAACCAAUCAGCAUCUCCGCAUCUUUAUUUGUAAUGCUGCCUGAAGAGUAACUUGGACAUAUUUAGCUUCCUUUCUUCUUCCUCUUUAUUUUCUCCUGUGUUGCUCUUGUUGACCAGCAUGAUUUUCACCACAGCUGCUGUCCUUGGUGCCACGCUGGGCACUGCGUCAGGCAUCCUCACUCUCUGUGGGCUCUCACUGAUCUGCAGGUCCUGUAAGAAAGGCAAGCUGGAAAGUGGUGAAGAUGCAGACCCAGAGAAGGCUAAACCCAGUGUUCUGCACUCCUCAGAGCAGUUCAGUGUGGAAAAAUCCACAGAGCCCAUCCAACCAAGGACAUUGUUGAAAUUUCCCAAAAUAUACAAGCCCAAACCGUCUGUGACCUCAUCUGAGGUCAUCAGCUACCCUGAUCAUGCUUCAGAGAAGGGGGGCGAACCCUCUCCCGAGGGACCCUCGACUGAGCCUGAUGCUGGUAACCAAGCAACGGACAGCUCUGACACGUUCACGAUCCUCAGACAAGACUCAAAGGACGAAACCCCCUGUGCCAGGGAUCUUACCAAUGGGAUGACAACAAGCAGCUCCAUCUUCCACCCUAAGCUGCAUUUCUCUCUCACCUAUUAUACUGACCAGAACGAGCUACAUAUCACCGUGAUAGAAGCGGAGCAUUUGUGUGUGGGGUCGGGCUGUGAGGGCUAUGUGGCCGGAGUCCUGACCUUUGCAGCAGGACAGAGGGAGGCCCAGACCUCGUCGCGACGCCUGACCAGCCACACCCGCUGGGAGGAAGGAUUGGUGUUCUCCCUGCCAGGAGGGUAUGAGGUGGAGGGCGAAGUGGCUCUCUCCCUGCACAGUUGUGACCGCUUCUCCCAGAACACCAACCUCGGCGUUAUGAGGUUCAAGCUGGUUGAUGUGGGCAUGAUGUCCAACGCAGACUGCUGGGUCGACCUUCAACCACCAAAACAGGAUGUCCAGUCAGCGGGAGAGCUCCUGCUGUCCAUAAGUUACCUGCCUGCAGCCAACCGGCUGGGAGUAGUUGUGAUGAAGGCUAGAGGACUACAGUCGGACAAGCUGAAGGACUCCAUAGACCUGUCUGUGAAACUGGCCCUGAAGCACCAGACUACCAAGCUGAAGAAGAAGCAGACGCGACGGGUCAAGCACAAGAUGAACCCAGUGUGGAAUGAGAUGAUGAUGCUGGAGGUUCCCCGCGAGCUGCUAUCUAAAUCCAGUCUGGACUUGGAGGUUUUGAAUCAGGCAGGUCCUGGUGAGCAGGAGUCCCUGGGCCGCUGUCAGCUGGGUUUACAUGCCUCUAAUACUGGCCUCCAACACUGGCAGCAGAUGCUAGACAACCCCCGUAAGCAGAUCGCCAUGUGGCACCCAUUGUAUGACUAAGAUAACCACCUGUCCGCUUUGCCAUUCCAAAUACCCAAAUAGUAUACCACACAUAAAAAUGUAACCAUACAAGGCUGGACUGAGUAAUUCCGGAUCCUGCCUUCCUGGAUCAGGAUUUAAGAGCCUAAAUCUAUGUAUCCACUUAUAUGGAAAUGGAAAUAUAUAUAUAUAUAUGGAAAUGAUAUGGAAAUUAUCCCAUUGCCUGACAUUAUUUAUCCCACAGCAUCCUAUAACAUGUCAACAAUAGUAUACACCGAACUGAUAUAUCACUGGAUAUCACAGAAUUUCCCAAGAUUUCCAACUACGAACACAUUUGAUAUAUUCAACGAAACUCAUCAAUGCAAUGUAAUACUUGUAGUACCUAUACUUAACCACCUCUAUGAUCUGUUUUUAUAGCUGAACAGAAUACACAUGAUAAGUAAUGUCUGUGUUUCUGUGGUAUGGGGGAUUAUGUGUACGGUAUGUAAUGAUAUGAUUAACACAAGUGAAUUAUUCUACAGUAGAGCUGUCAUUGUAUUUGUAAAGUGAUGUAUUCACACACUUGGAAAGCAAUGGAGAAAAUGCGCCGAGCAGAAAGUAAAAAGCCUGCCAAUAUUGAAUGGAUCGGAGAUUCAAAAGCCCUGUGAUGGAAUUACAGGCGACUAUACGUUUUAAAGUCGAUCUCAUUACACAGGGCCUAAAAACGGCAGCUAAAGUUAUAGAAAUUAUGGAUUUAAAAAAAUCAUGCAGUGUUUAAUCAGGUAAUAUACGGUAUUUGUCAUUUUUAUGAAUAUGCGCAGCUAUAUUUUAUCUUUGGAGAAUACGAGAGUUGUUACACAUGUUAUAUUCAAAGUAGUUCAAUACAACUAUCAACUUAUCCCAUUUCACACCUGUUUCCAUUCAACCCACUUUGCUUCAGUUAUUAUGUACAAAAGGUAUUUUUCUCCCAUGUAGUUUUGCUUGUAUGUAGCUUUUGUCAAGUGAAGUGCUAUAGACUGAGCCAGUGAGAAACAUACUGUGUCAUUGGAAACUUUACAUACGGACACACAACGUGUGUGAAAAUAAAAAAAAGCUACCUGCACGAUCUUCGAAAUAUGUAAUGCCAAAAUCUGUUUCGAGUCGAAUUAAACUGAGGAUGUGCAAAUACCCAGGCAUCCAGAGAGCACUAUGUACAGUAUCAGCCCAUAACACCACAUCCGGGCAGACAUUGAUGUAAUAUAUUUAUUUAUUGAUACUUCCUAUACUCAGAGCUCAUUAUGCGUAACUGAUAUAACUUUGGACCUGACCUGCUAUACAGUAGCUAGCUUUUCAUAGCUGAAUGAGCACUACCGUUAUCAUGCUGAGACUAAGAUUUACUGUAACAGACCGGAAUAUAAUCAACCUAUUAAAAUGAUAACUAUGGCUAGUUCACAUGCACGUGUUGUAUUUACAAGAACACUGGUGAUACUGUUUGCUGAGUUGUUUGUUGUUGUUGUAAAUCACGUCACUCUUCAAGUGCAACAAGGGAUUCAUCUCUCUCAAUACACCUACGUAAAUCCUAUUCACAGUACGUAGCCUACUCCUUGACUCACAAUCACAGGCUUGUAUUUUCUGCUGAAAAAAAAUGUGUUGCAGUUUCCAUUUUAAAACAAAUGUAUAUUUUUUGGGAUGAAAUUAUUUCAACAAAUGUCUUAUUUUGUGUGCUUAUUGUACAUAGGCCUUAGGUCAUCAUUUGUAGAUAUUAGUCAUUUUUGAAAGACAUAUCUUCAUGAGACUGAUUGAUCAUUUGCCAGAUUGCUUUAGGAUGCCAUGGCCAUUAUAUUCCUGCCUAUUUGUUAAGAUAUGAGCAAUCUACUGUGUAAGUAGUGCAGCCGUUAUGCAUGCGAUAGUGUGCAAAGCGCAUACACUUUAUAGCCCUAAACAACAUCACUUCCAACUAAUGAUGUAGCUACAUUGUUAUGUAAAAUAACUGGUGCAGAUGCAGUGGUUGGAUAUAAAGCAACAAUAAAUCAUCCAGCAUUUCCAGGCA